AUGACGUGGCAUUUGAUCAAUUCUAAUUUUUCAUAUUUUCAGGGACCUGCUUUGUUAUGGGAUCCACAUGCAAUAAGGUUAUAUUUGAAAAUUCUUCAGGAAGCGUCCAAUUGGGAGACAUUAGAGGCUGCCGCCGGUGCCAUUCAGAACUUAGCUGCUUGUCAGUUUACUCCCAGUGUGAACGUAAGAAGUACUGUUCGGGUAGAGAAGGGUCUACCCGUGCUCGUGGAGCUUAUUCGUCUGAAGGAAGAUUAUGUUGUAUGUGCCGUUGCUACAGCGAUGCGUAACCUCGCGUUGGAUGCUCGUAAUAGAGAGUUGAUAGGGAAGUAUGCCUUACGGGAUUUAGUGAAUAAACUCCCUGAGCCUUCGAAACCUAGACCUCAAAUAAGUGAUCAAACCAUUGGAGCUAUUCUAGGAAUAUUAUUCGAAAUAGUUAAAGAUAGUGCCGAGUAUACCAAAAACUUACAUGAGAUCAAAGGAACUCUGAAGCUUCGUCAUCUUGCUCGAAGUUAUCCAACAUACUCACAAAGAAUAUGUCGCCAUGCUAGUCAAGUUCUUUAUAUUAUGUGGCAGCAUAAGGAGCUUCACGAUGGUUUCAAGCGUAGUGGAAUGAAAGAGGCGGACUUCUACGCUGGACCUGCUAGAAGAGGAGACUCUUCUACCUUAGCCCGACCCAUUUCGAGCCAGGGAAGGGAACGACCAGCACAAGCAUUAUUAGAUGAAACAACGAGUAGUGGAGGCUAUGGAGCCUUGAAUGAAACAACACAGCAUUCUCGAGCCAUUCCCCCACAACGCUUCGACCAUUAUCAAAUGAGUGAUGAUAGGUCACCGGUUCAGAGAACAGAACCUCUCUAUGCCUCUGUUAGAAAAGGCAAUGCUUCUACUACAGUUGAUGAUAGCUGGGUUUAA